ACCAGUCUUGCAUUACUGAAAAGCGGCGUCUCACAUCAUGGAUGCUACCAUUUAUGAGAUUAUAUUUGGAGAGCUCGGGGACCUCAACUGUAGUUUAGUAGAAGCUUUCCAUGACACUUUUAUGGACAACGCUUCAUUGUCAUUGCUGAGCACUGAUGGUUUAUAUUGCAAUGCCACAACGGAUGAGAUUGGGACCUGCUGGCCGCGGAGCAGCACUGGCAGGAUUGUAGAGAGACCCUGCCCUGCUUACAUCAAUGGAGUGAAGUACAACACAAGCAGGAGCGCUUACAGGGAAUGCAUGGAUAAUGGAACAUGGGCGUUGAAGAUCAAUUACUCCAACUGUGAGCCCAUUUUGGAGGAGAAGAGGAAAUAUCCCAUGCAUUAUAAGAUAGCACUAAUCAUCAACUACCUUGGCCACUGUAUCUCUGUGGGAGCCCUAGUCGUGGCCUUCAUUCUCUUCUUGUGCUUAAGGAGCAUUCGAUGUCUUCGAAACAUCAUCCACUGGAAUCUGAUCACCACCUUCAUACUGAGGAAUGUCAUGUGGUUUUUGCUGCAGCUGAUUGACCACAAUAUCCACGAGAGCAAUGAGCCGUGGUGUCGACUGAUUACUACAAUAUACAACUACUUUGUGGUCACAAACUUUUUCUGGAUGUUUGUUGAGGGAUGCUACCUUCACACGGCCAUCGUGAUGACUUAUUCAACCGACAAGCUGAGAAAGUGGGUUUUCCUCUUCAUUGGUUGGUGUAUUCCAUUUCCUAUAAUUGUGGCUUGGGCCAUUGGCAAAUUAUAUUAUGAAAAUGAAAAAUGUUGGUUUGGUAAAGAACCUGGAAAAUAUAUGGACUACAUCUAUCAAGGCCCAGUUAUUCUUGUACUCCUGAUAAACUUUGUUUUCCUCUUCAACAUAGUAAGAAUUCUUAUGACCAAACUAAGAGCUUCAACUACAUCUGAAACGAUACAAUACAGGAAGGCGGUGAAAGCCACACUCGUCUUGCUACCUCUCUUAGGCAUCACCUACAUGCUGUUCUUUGUGAAUCCAGGGGAGGAUGACAUCUCACAAAUAGUUUUCAUCUAUUUUAACUCAUUUUUACAGUCUUUUCAGGGAUUCUUUGUGUCAGUGUUUUACUGCUUUCUAAAUGGUGAGGUCCGUUCUGCUGUAAGGAAGCGCUGGCACCGCUGGCAAGACAACCACGCUCUUCGAGUGCGUGUAGCACGAGCCAUGUCCAUCCCCACAUCUCCGACCAGGAUCAGCUUUCACAGCAUCAAACAGACCACAGCUGUGUGAGCAGGUUGACAAACAUUCCCCCCAUCCGCAGCCAGACCUCAUCCUUCCCUCUGGAAUGGAUAGUAACAUGACAGACUGAUUCCUCCACUAUAACAAUACUGUGCCUGAAAGGUCAGAACAUUUGUCUUUUUUUGCCUGGUGACAUUUCAGCUGCUCAUAAAGUAAAUAAUAUGUAUUAUACAUGAGCUAUGGGGUUUGAGUCACUAUUUACCAAAAUAAACGUGGCAUUUUUCUCGCAUCAUGACAAAUCUUAUUUGGUUUUGUUGCCAUCAUCUCGAUGCUCGCGGGUUAUGAGCGAAACAGGAUUUAUGGCUCACGCACCUGUAGGCAUGCAGAUCCUUCAAUACUUGAUGAAAUUUUAUUGAUCAUGAAGCAUCCAUGCAUUUGCCAAAACAGCCAUUUGAAAUAAGGAUGAUCUAACCGCAAAAAUAACCUUUGAGUGAGCUGUUUUGAUGCUCUGGCAACAAGUAUUAAAAAUUAAGUAAAUGAAAAAUCGACCACCCUCCAUCCAUCAUCUACAACUGCUUCUCCUUAUUCAGAGUCACAUGGACUUUCUGGAGCUUAUCCCAGUACCAGAUCUCCAGUACAUCACAGCCCCACAUUUACAUGAACAAACACACAUUUAUUCCCGUGUUACAUUUAGAAUCACAAAUUAGGCCGACAAACAUGUUUUUGGUCUGUGGGAGGAAUACCCAGACGAACAAACAUACUGGCAUGUGGAGAUAAAGCAAACUCCACUCGGACAGAAAAUGAUCUUAUAUCAUAUGUAUAAGGUAAUGGUAAUGUGUGGCCUUGUGAUGGACUGGCAACCUGUCCCGGGUGUACCGGGAUAGGCUCAGCAGACUCCGGGUAUAGAAAAUGGAUGGAAGGAAGGGAAGAGUAUUUAUCAAGAAUCAACACAUUAAAUUCUUUGGUCAGUGAGAUUUGUUGCCAUUUUUGACCAUCCAGCAACUCCAAGAACUCAAAGAAGUGUCCUCAGAUAAGUUCAGGUCCUUUAUUUUACCACUUUAAACAGCUUCUUCUAUUUUACUGUUUUACAUAUUGGAUUUUUUUUUUUUUUUUGUCUUCGCAAGGUUAUAGCUUCCCCUUCCCCCCCGGCUAUUUGUUCCCACCACUAUUUUUAACUUCAUCUUGUAGGAAGGAAAAUGACAAGAGGGUGUCAGCAAAAAAGAGAAACGUAUCGAAAUGCGUUGAACUCCCUAAGGCCACCAGAUGAGCUGUCCCACGUUGAACCAUGUUCCAGACAAGUAAAUAUGAGAUUAUGUAAAUUAAUUUAUAAAGUGGAAUGGGAUUUUUGUUUUCUUUUUGUUAAACUUAUUUAUGUAAUUAUAUACAAACAGUGCUGAAGUGCAGUGUUUGGAUUUAUCAUGCGUGCUGGGUGAACGCAGAUUAAACUCUUUUGGCUUUAUGAAAUCUUUGUGGCUUUCUCAUAAUCAGAGUCAAAACUAAGCCUCAGCCUCUAAAGAAAAGAAGCUUGAUGGAGUCACUCUCCUAAAUGAGCAGUGACAUUUGCUCCGAUCGGGUCACCAAACUCCCUGAAUGCAUCUCCCGAGGCUUAUUACACAUGGAAACAGCCGUGCGCCUGCUGUGGCAACCUACAAAAAGCUUUUCUUUUAAUGUAUUCAUUUAUUUCAAAUGAUUACAGACGGGAAAGAAAAAUGUUUGUUUUGAAAAGGAAUUGCAAGAAAUUAAAAGCUUCAAUUAUCGUGCAAGCUUUUUUGUUACUGCUUUUUUUUCUCUGUGUGUAAAUGUGUGCAAUUUUUUAUAUGUGUCACACAAGAUGGUAUGAUUCAGAAUGUGUGUGUGUAUGUGGGGGAGUGAUAUGCUUACCCACUUCUGUGUAGAUGAAACAAAGCAGGCAGCUUCUGUUGAUAUUGUCAGUGAACGUGAGAGAUUACUUAGCUGUUGUUCUCGCUGUCGUCUUAAUUCAUUAAUGGAUAUGCUACAUUUAUUUAUUAUUGUUCAGUUUUAACAUGAAAGUAAAAAAAAAUGUUGUAUAUAACAUGAAAUAUAUAUCACCAACUCUUUUUGUAAAAUGUGCUUUUCAUAUUUGUAUUUUGUAAUCUUUUGUUACAUCACAGAUGUUUGUUGUCCGUGUGCUGGCUGACUGGACCGAUGUUUGCUGCUGCGGUAAAUAUCGACCAGCCAGAGUGAUUUGAUGUAAAUAUUUUACCUGGAUCACUGCAGCAUCACAACCCGCUCGGCUGUGACAUCGCACGCCCUUACGUGACCUCUUCAUGCUACAUGAAUUUAAAAGGACUACAUGACGUUACGGUAGUGAAACGUACUCAUAAAAGACUAUUUCAAGCUGUUGUUAUUUCCAACUCACCAAAGAGAUAGGUCAAGUUUACAAUCUUUCUUUUUCAACUGUCUAUAUAUUAUGUCAAAAGAUUUGGUUAACACUGGCCACUUUGUCAAGUCUAAAUCUUUUGGCCUUACUUCAUACAUCAGUUACCGUACAUAAAGUGUGUUCAACACAGUUUGAUGUCAGACUAGUUGAUUUUGAGGAAAGCCCUUUGUUGAAUCACCCAUGUUGCCUUACAAACAAAGGAAAUGCAUUUUUUGUGAGAAUAAAAAGUAAGCUAAUGUCUACAAAUUGAGGAAUCAUUGUUAUUGAUAUACAUUUAACUGUACACAUGAA